CUAGACCUCACACCAUGGUUCACUUCACAGCUGAGGAGAAGGCNGCCAUCACAAGCAUCUGGGAUAAAGUGGACUUGGAAAAGGUUGGAGGAGAAACCCUGGGAAGUGGCAAGAAAGUGCUGACGUCCCUGGGCUUGGCAGUUAAGCACAUGGACAACCUCAAGGAGACCUUUGCUCAUCUCAGUGAGCUGCACUGUGACAAGCUGCACGUGGAUCCUGAGAACUUCAAGCUCCUGGGUAACAUACUGAUGAUUGUUCUUUCUUCUUACUUUGGCAAAGAAUUCACGGCUGAGGUACAGGCUGCCUGGCAGAAGUUGGUGGUUGGGGUGGCCACUGCUCUAUCCCACAAGUACCACUGAGCCCCUUUCCUGAU